CAAAGAGCGGAUCCACACCGUCCGUACGCUGGAGUUCCUCUCUUACCAGAAGUUGCUGUUUCUGCAGGUGGUGGCCUGUGAGUUGGACUGCAGAUUAGUGGCCGAACUUCAGAAAAGAGUCCAGUGCACGCCCAUGCAGACCAAACUUCAAAUAUUAGUAGGAGAUGUAUUAAAAACCGAUCUGCCUUUCUUUGACGUGUGUGUGGCUAAUUUACCUUACCAGAUUUCGUCACCGUUUGUCUUCAAGCUCCUGCUGCAUCGACCUUUCUUCAGGUGUGCCGUGUUGAUGUUCCAGAGAGAGUUUGCCAUGCGACUUGUUGCCAAGCCUGGAGACAAACUGUACUGCAGACUGUCCAUCAACACACAGCUGCUCGCUCGUGUCGACCAUCUCAUGAAGGUCAGUGAUGUUUGUUUAACGUGCCAACAGUGA